AUGGCUCCCGCAGCCAGCUCCGACGUCUCCGUCGAGAGCAUCUCGGCCUACGGCAAAGCCCGGGCUACUGUCCAGGACGCCAUUCUCAGCGAUGAAGAGGUUCUCGAAAUCGACGACUACAUGCGAGCCAGUCUCUACCUGUGCUUGGGCAUGCUCUACCUCCGAAGAAAUCCUCUCCUCAAAGAACCCUUGAAAGUCGAACACCUGAAAGCCCGCCUGCUCGGCCACUGGGGCUCAGAUGCCGGCCAGGUCUUUACCUAUGUUCACAUGAACCGCCUUAUCAAGAAAUACGAUCUCGACGUCAUCUUCAUUUCCGGCCCGGGACACGGCGCUCCGGCCGUCCUUUCCCAGUCGUAUCUCGAGGGUGUGUACAGCGAAGUCUACCCAGACAAGUCAGAAGACGAGGAUGGCAUGCGCAAGUUCUUCAAACAAUUUUCCUUCCCCGGCGGCAUUGGCAGCCACGCCACCCCUGAGACCCCCGGCAGUUUGCACGAGGGUGGAGAAUUGGGUUAUUCGAUUUCACAUGCCUUCGGCGUCGUCUUCGACCACCCAGAUCUCAUUGCCUUGACCAUGGUCGGUGAUGGUGAGUCCGAAACGGGCCCGCUGGCCACCAGCUGGCACAGCACCAAAUUUCUCAACCCAAUCACCGACGGCGCCGUCCUGCCCGUCCUGCAUCUGAAUGGCUACAAGAUCAACAACCCAACCAUCUUGGCCCGUAUCAGCCACAAAGAGUUGGAAGCGCUCUUCCUCGGCUACGGCUGGACUCCAUAUUUUGUCGAGGGAAGUGACCCUAUCUCCAUGCACCAGGCCAUGGCCGCAACCUUGGAGAAGUGUGUGGCCGAAAUUCGAGGCUACCAGAAGAAAGCCCGUGAAUCCGGAAAGUCCUUCCGACCCCGGUGGCCCAUGAUCGUUCUCCGCAGCCCGAAGGGUUGGACCGGCCCCCGCACUGUGGACGGCCACUACCUCGAAGGCUUCUGGAGAGCCCACCAAAUCCCGAUAACCGAUGUUGCCACUAACCACGAGCAUCUGAAACUCUUGGAAGACUGGAUGAAGAGUUACGAACCAGAGAAGUACUUCGGCAAGGAGGCCAAGUUGAUUCCAGAGCUGAAGAAACUGGCCCCCGAAGGCAACCGCCGCAUGAGCGCCAACCCCGUCGCCAAUGGCGGAUUGAUCAAGAAGCCUCUCCAUAUGCCCGACUUCCGGGACUACAAAAUUGAAGUCUUGAGAGGAGGCACCGCCGAGGCUCCCAGCAUGUCUAACAUGGCCAUCUUCCUAAAGGAUAUCAUCGAGAAGAACCAAACGAACUUCCGUCUCUUCGGCCCCGAUGAGACCGAAUCCAACAAGCUCGGUGGUGUCUACAAGGCCGGAAAGAAGGUUUGGAUGGGUGAAUUCUUCGAGGAGGAUGCCGACGGUGGCAAUCUGGCUCACGAGGGUCGGGUCAUGGAGAUGUUGAGCGAGCAUACCGUUGAAGGCUGGCUGGAAGGAUAUGUCCUCUCCGGUCGACAUGGGCUGUUGAACAGCUACGAGCCUUUCAUCCACAUUAUCGACUCCAUGGUCAACCAACACUGCAAAUGGAUCGAAAAGUGCCUCGAGGUCGAAUGGCGUGCCAAGGUGGCAUCGCUAAACAUUCUGUUGACCGCCACCGUCUGGCGUCAGGACCACAACGGCUUUACCCACCAAGACCCCGGUUUCCUCGAUGUCGUGGCCAACAAGUCUCCUGAGGUCGUCCGUAUUUACCUGCCCCCUGACGGCAACUGCCUGUUGUCAUGCAUGGACCACUGUCUGCGCAGCAGCAACUACGUCAACGUGAUUGUGGCUGACAAGCAGGAUCAUCUGCAAUAUCUCGACAUGGAGGCCGCCAUUGAGCACUGCAGCAAGGGCGCGGGCAUCUGGGACUGGGCGUCCAACGACCAGGGCCAGGAGCCCGACGUGGUCAUGGCAUCUUGCGGCGAUGUGCCCACCAUGGAAUCUCUCGCUGCCACUGCCCUGCUCCGGGACCUCCUGCCACAAUUAAAGAUCCGUUUCGUGAACGUGGUUGACCUCUUCAGAUUGAUUCCUCAUGGCGAGCAUCCGCACGGUAUGACUGACGGAGAAUUCACCGCCAUUUUCACGGAUGACAAGCCUGUCAUCUUCAACUUCCACUCGUACCCAUGGCUCAUCCACCGCUUGACCUACCGAAGAAAGGGUCAGCACAACCUGCACGUCAGAGGUUAUAACGAGAAAGGAAACAUUGAUACUCCUCUGGAAUUGGCCAUCCGCAACAAGACCGACCGAUUCUCUCUUGCCAUGGAUGCAUUGGACCGGAUAAGCGGUCUGGGCAACAAGGGCGCUUUCGCGCGCGAGAAACUUCUCAAUGACCAGAUCAAGUGCAAGAAUGAGGCUUUCCACGAGGGUAUUGAUCCUGAAGCGAUCAGGAAAUGGGUUUGGCCUCACUAG